UCUCUGAAUGAAUGGCUUUGCAAUCAGUACAGCCCAUAUCACCAAUUUCGCUGACUCUCCUUCCAAAGGGCUCUAUUGCUCCUAUUUUGCUUCGAUUAUCUUCAUCAAUCCGUUGCUAUUGUGUUCGUACAACAUUGGCUGUGUCAUUGGAUGAAAUUCCCCCAAAUGCCCUUCGCCGGAAGUGUGACCGGAACUGGAGAGGAGGGUGCAGUCUAGGGGUAGAUCUGUGCAUGUCCCGAACUGGCCUUGCACUCAGCAAGGGCUUCUCUGUUCGACCCUUGACGGUUCUGGAGUUGAGAGGGCAAAAGCUUGAGCUUCGACUUAUUGACAUUGCUGAGAAGCAGGAGGUUGAUGAGUUCAUAGUAGGACUUCCUAAGUCUUCUGAUGAAAGAGAGACGCCGCAGUCCAAUAAAGUUCGUUCUGUUGCUGGUAGGCUUGCA